AUGUCUUGUUGUUCGUCGUCCAAUAGACAACAAAAAAGCCAAUGCAACACGACGGCGACCAAUUCAUCUGCUGAGAUCCUAACUACCUGCUCAUCGAACGCAUCAGUCAAGACGCAGCAAUGCUGUGCCUCAAAUUCCAAGGAAAGAUGUAAGUGCGGCUCUGCCUGCGCUUGCAAGGGCUGCAACACCACCAAAUUGUAG